AUGGCUAGCGAAAUCGACAUCUUCACUCAAUAUAGCCUGUACAUGGACCCAGCCUCUAAAGCAAUCAGCCACCCAGCAUCCCUCCCGACACCAUCCCAAACAACAACUAUGACAACUGAACUAGACGAACUAAACGCUCUCCACCGCUCACUCCUCUCACUCGACCCCCCAAAUGUUCCCCCACCUCCUAUGCCAGUCAACCCCAAGCGCAGUGCCCAAAUCACCAAGCUCCGCGACACUGGCAACGCUGCCUUCCGCAAAAACAACUACGACGAAGCCGUCAAGCUGUACACCUACGCAAUUGACAUGGCGCUGGCGCGGCCCGGCUGGGAACCCGUUGGACUUGCUAGAGAGGAGCUCGCAGGAUUAUUUGGGAAUCGGGCACAAGCUCAUAUGGGAAACCAGAAUUGGCCGGAGGCGCUGGUCGAUGCGAAGACUAGUAUUGAUUCGAAGCCUAUUGGCAAUGUGAAGGCUUGGUGGAGGGUUGGAAAGUGCUGUGCUGAGAUGACGCGGUAUGAAGAGGCGAAGAACUUUCUGGUGAAGGGGCUUGAGAUUGAGGGGGGUAAUUCUGAGGGUGCGAAGGAGCUUGGUGCGUUGUUGGUUGAUGUUGCUGCGGCUUUGCAGCGGUCCUCUUGA